UUUUAUUGGGCAUUUUCCAGAUUUUCCCUUAUCCUCUCUCUCCUUGUUCUUCUCCGCCUUCUGCUUCCCUCUCCGUCGCCUGUCGGCUCGCUCGGCCCCGUCCCGGACGUACGACGGCGACGACUCAUCUCAGAUUCUGACCAUUGAUCGUCCUUCUCCUCCAUUAGAAGCAUCCAUUAAAAGGGCUCUUUCAGAUCCUCACUUGUCAUCAGCUGAGGAAUAAACGGAAUCAAGAAGAAGAAGAGGAGGAAGUAGGAGAAGAAAAGAGGGAAAAUGGGGUUCUGGACUCUGUUCGAGGUGGCGUCCAUGCCGAUCCUUGAGGUCCUGCUGAUAAGCGUGCUGGGAGCUUUCAUGGCCACUGGUUACUGCAACCUUCUCAACGCUGAUGCCCGGAAAUCCUUGAACAAGAUAGUGUUUGUCGUGUUCACUCCGUCGUUGAUGUUUGCAAGCCUCGCAAAAACGGUUACUCUUCAAGACAUCAUCUCAUGGUGGUUUAUGCCCAUAAACAUCGGGAUCACAUUCUUGGUCGGGGGGAUUCUCGGGUGGAUAGUUGCAAAGCUGCUGAAACCAAAGCCAUACCUCGAGGGCCUUGUGAUAGCUACUUGUUCUGCAGGGAAUUUGGGGAACCUUAUGCUGAUAAUUGUUCCAGCAAUCUGCAAAGAAAAGGGGAGUCCCUUUGGGAACAAAGAAGUUUGCAGCACUGUCGGGCUCUCCUAUGCCUCCUUCUCCAUGGCGCUUGGAGGGUUCUACAUAUGGACCUAUACGUACCAUUUGAUCCGGACUUCAUCCUUGAAAUACCAAGCACUCAAAGCAUCCGAUGAGAAUGAGGAGGUCCCCAAAUCGCCUAACCUUGACUACAAUGCAAACGGGCAGACUCGCCUCCUGGAAGGGGGAGAUCAAGGUAUAGCCGUAAGUGUUGAGUCAUCAAAGACUCUCGACGAAGUCGAAGACCAACCUAUUGUUUCCAAGCAACCAGGGAGCAGUAAAGAAAAGGAUGUCGCUUCUUGGACUAAGCUGAAGGAAUUUCUUCACAAGAUUCUCGAGGAGCUAUUGGCUCCCCCAACUAUCGCUGCAAUCCUGGGAUUCAUUUUCGGGGCAGUAACAUGGCUGAGGAACCUCAUAAUCGGGGACUCUGCCCCAUUGCGGGUAAUACAAGACUCGGUCAAGUUGCUCGGUGAUGGAACGAUUCCUUGUAUCACUCUCAUUCUCGGAGGCAAUCUCACUCAGGGUCUAAAGACCUCAAAGAUUAAGCCAUGGGUCACUGUCGGAGUCAUCUGCGUCCGUUACUUUAUACAGCCCCUGAUCGGGAUUGGGAUCGUUAAGGCAGCAGCCAGCCUUGGGUUCCUCCCAUCUAAUAAGUUGUUCCACUACGUGUUGAUGGUCCAGUACACAGUGCCACCGGCUAUGAAUAUCGGUACAAUGACACAACUAUUUGAUGUGGGGCAAGAGGAGUGUUCUGUUCUGUUCUUCUGGACAUAUUUGGUUGCUGGCAUAGCUCUCACCGUCUGGUCAACUGUCUACAUGUGGAUUCUGUCUUGACCAACAACUCAAAAAAAUUUGCCACAUUUUUCACCUCAGUUGAGAUCUUCUGAGAAAGGAUCGAGUGAGAGUGACGCUCGUUAAAUUAGGUUUCCGAAGCUAAAGUACAAGCAAAUGAGAUAAAAGAGGACUUAUAUAUAGCCCGCCGGGCAAGAUCAUCUCGGCCGUAUUUUUUAUUCCAUACUCGAUUGUUAUAUCGAUUGCCUUCUCAAUAUUCUUUUGGCUGCCAGGGUUUAGAUUAAGAUGAUUUGUCUUCAAGGGUCUGAGUUGUAAGUACUUAAUUAUUUUGGGUAUUCUCAAGUGAAAAAAGAUGAUGGGUAAUUUUUCUUUUUUACCCCUUUUUAUGAUUCUAUAGGAGAAAAUAGCAUUUGCUUGUAAUAGUUUCUGUCACUAUUCUUAGCUGUUGUUAAAAUUAUAUCUUUAAUGUAAUAUGAAGUCCUUUUGCUGUGAAAAUUCUAUACGCGAUCUAUUUUCGGUUUUUUC